AUCCAUCUAGUGCUUAGUACCGGGCCUGGGAGAGGAUAAACCCAAAUAGUUAAAUAGUAAAGUGAUCCGAGUUUUAUUGAAAUAUGACAAGUAUAACGCGGUUUUGGGUGCCAACCCUGUUGUUGGUUACUUAUGCUAACCAGAUUGUCUCAACACAGCGGUUUCCAUUUGACGAUGGACACAACAUUUUGAACAGACUAUUACCGUACCCUUUGCAAAAAUACGAAACCAUGGAAGGAAUGGACACGCACGAAUCCAAGGACGAAUUGCAAAACCUUCUGGAAGUGGGCUCACGCCGUUUGGAGAAAGAGAAACGGACCAACAACGAAAUUGUGGAUGUACGAGAUUCCAACCCUAGUGCGAACGAGCAGUUCGAGAAACACAUGAACUUAGUUCUGCAACAUGUCGCGAAAAAAUUGAGAGAGAUUUACAUUACCCCUCGACUAGGUCGUGAUAUUGAAGAUAACAUUGAGUGCCAACGGUCCAGACCACCAUUCGCUCCAAGACUCGGGAAGAAGUCAGCACCGCUGACACCACGAAUGGGACGACAGGCGUAUGACGAUAAAUGUUAAACGAACUGAUUCAUUUGGCUGUAAUAUUUCGAAAGGACUUAGAAAAGGAAACGAAUAAAAUAAAACUAACUAUCUUUUGGAAAGCGUAAAAAUUCAAGCCCGAAAAAAUAUAAAAAAAAGCAAAGAGGCAUAGUUUUGUAGGAAAAUAAUUGUGAUUUAAGAUAUAUCUUUGUGAGUUCCCUUUAAAAUUAUGAAACAGUUAAUUGGGAAUGUUUUAUCAUUAUAUCUUUAGUGUAACAAAAAUUGUGCAUAAUGAAAUAACAAAACCAU